CCCCCCACCCCCUCCCCGCCGCGCUCGCGCCGAUGGCGGCUCCCGUCGGUCGUUUCGUCUCGCUGAGGUGACGCUGCCCUCCGUAAGAUCUCCUCAAAAUCUUCGGGCCAAAAAAACAAAACACCCCCGCGCGCGGGGAAGCGAUGACUCGCCUGCGAGUGAAAUCCUGAAGAGAAGAAGGAAACCACGAGUUGGGAGGGAGAGCAGAUACCCUCACGAUGGCGUCGUCUCGCGCUGGGUGCACGAAACGGCACGAUGUGGGCACGGACAAGCCAGACGACGUCGGCCUGGCGGAGCUGGGCCCGCUGCUGGUGACCACAGGGCAAGCCACGUGCUCUGUGCGGGAAGUGGACCAGGUCCAUGCGGACAGAGAGAGGGAUGAGGAUGGCCCUGAGCCCCUGAGGGUCAUUACGCUGCCGCUUCAAGCCCACCACGCCAUGGAGAAGAUGGAGGAGUUUGUUUGCAAGGUGUGGCAGGGCCGCUGGCGAGUGAUCCCGCACGAUGUGCUGCCCAGCUGGCUGCAGGACAAUGAGUUCCUGCUGCAGGGGCACCGUCCCCCCAUGCCGUCCUUCCGUGCCUGCUUCCGCAGCAUCUUUCGUCUCCACACGGAGACCGGCAACAUAUGGACGCAUCUAAUAGGCUUUUUCCUAUUUGUCGUCCUGGCCGUCAUAUAUCUGUUCCGGCCAAACAUGAGCUUCGUAGCUCCUCUGCAGGAAAAGGUUGUGUUUGGCGUUUUCUUCAUGGGCGCUAUCCUCUGCCUGUGCUUCUCCUGGCUCUUCCACACCGUCUACUGUCAUUCCGAGAAGGUCUCCCGCACCUUCUCCAAAUUGGACUACUCGGGCAUCGCUCUGCUCAUAAUGGGCAGCUUCGUGCCAUGGCUCUACUACUCCUUCUACUGCAACCCGCAGCCACGGCUCAUCUACCUGGUGACCAUCUGCGUGCUCGGCAUAGCGGCCAUCGUUGUAUCUCAGUGGGAGCGCUUCUCUACGCCACAGUAUCGCGUGCUCCGUGCCGCCGUAUUCCUGAGCUUGGGCUUCAGUGGGAUCGUGCCAACCGUGCACUUCAUGGUGGUGGAGGGCUUCAUGAGGGCGACGACGGCCGGGCAGACAGGCUGGCUCUUCCUCAUGGGGCUCCUGUACAGCAUGGGCGCCGCGCUGUAUGCUGCACGCAUCCCCGAGAGGUUCUUCCCGGGCAUGUGCGACAUCUGGUUCCACUCGCACCAGAUCUUCCACGUACUGGUGGUGGCUGCGGCGUGCGUUCACUUCCACGGCGUGUCGAAGCUGCAGGAGUUCCGUUACAGUGUGGGAGGAGGCUGCACGUCCGAUACUCUCCUGUGAGUCACGCCUGGAGAGGUCGGCGCAUUCCCAGGAGGCGUGCCACUCCGACCCAGCUCGGCGUAAAUUCCCCGCGAGAGGCAAGCGGCUGGCGCACACGCGCGCUCCGUUCUGUGUGAUGACUCUGAGCAGAGCUGUAGGGGUUUUCCUGUUCCCGCUAGGACCUCGAUUGGCGAGCGUUGAAGCAAUGCAGCCAGGGAAUAUUUGGGCAUCGUAUUCGAUCGGAAAGUUAUUUUUGGCAAUACUGGAUGACAAAGGCCACACAAAAGAUAUGAAAACUGCACAAAUGUUUAAUGUCACUUUAUUUAAGGUUACAUGGGGAGUAUGCAGACAUGAAUACACAUAAAAUGAUGCCCAAAUGUGUCCCCUGGUUUAUUUUACAUUCGCGAGGGGGCUUGCUUUAAGGUUUAUUUUUCAAGUGAUGGGCCCUGAUUUUGACACACCUUGCCUCUAUUUGUUGAUGGCAAUGUGGCAGGAAAGUCCCUGUUCACUUAUUGGGAGCACAGGUUUACACAGGAGGCCCUCUAGCACCCAGACAUAGUCCUGCUCUCUAUCUCCACCGGACUCCAGUUAACAAUAACCCAGUUUACAUAUUAGAAAUUAGUGUGCAUACAAGUUGGCUUGCAAAUCUGACCCUUGUAAUGCUGGCUUUUUGUAGGGCCGCCUCAGUGGAGACUUGCUCUACGGUAAAGCUGCUGAGCAUGCUGUGGGUUGACAUACUCGCCCAGCCACUUGCCUUCACGUCGAGUUUUAUCGUCAAUUAUUCUGUCCCCCUAUGCACCCCAUUUGCUGUUAAUAUGUGCAAUCACGUUUACCCAAAUGUUAAAGGUCUAUUCAGUGAUACGAUCCGAAAACAGGGAUAUCAUGUAUCUACUAAAUACAAUGAAAUAAUAUUUUAUAUAUAAAAGUUAAAUGUUCAAAAAAGGUUUCAUUAUGAAGUAACUCAAAUUAUGUAAGCGUGAUAACUUUUUUUUAAGCAAAAACUGAAAUGAUAAAAAAGUAAGAUCUACAGUUCAAUAUUUUAUUAGCAAGCAAUAACAGUACUUACACAAUUUUUACCAUUAGUCAUGGAUGUUUUUUCUGUUAAAAUUUCGGCUUAGAAGCAUUGAAGAGUGCAUUUCUCUCUCUUUUGAAAUGGGAUGUAUUUUUGAUGCCGUAUCACUGAUAGCACCAGUAAUGUUUGUGGGAAGCUUGAAUAUACGUGGUGUCUGAUGUGCCCUCACACUGGUUUCAAACUUGACAAAGGCCAUGCUCGGAGACCUGGCCAUGUGAUUAGUGACGCCGACACAAACCGGCUUUUAUUGCUGCUUGCGAUCAUGGUGCUCAAGAAAUGUCCUCGUCAACGUUAUGAGUAACACUUGCCACCGGAGACACCUCGCACGCGCCACCAUGUCCUUUUAUGGUCGGAUUAUUUAACCUUGCCACAGUGCACCUGCAUUGAACAUAACGGAACCGUUCUCCGACUGCUUUUACAUUGAAUACAUGUCUCAUUUGCGAGAUAAUCUUAGGCGCAGCAUUUCUGUCCACAAUACAACUGCUCAACACGUCUUGGAACAAAAACUAAAAAUUGUGCGUGCGAGCGUUUAUAUAUGUAAACGUUGCAUUUACCUUGCUAGCUUAUGCAACCGGGAUGUCCCUUGUGAUACCAACAAAUGUCCUUGAGUAAACAUACUUAAUAAAUAAACAAACUGAGAUUAGCAUUUGUCAAAGGGCAGCUGAUGACCUUUCCACAUCGCACAGUGUUGUGCCACUUAAUUGGUGCCCCGCUCACAUACCAGUCAGAGGAGAGUGCUCCCCCUUGACAUCGGAGUUUUGUGGCCUCAUGCUGUGCCACUCUGGUCACAUGGUUGCAUGUGGGAAAAUCGAAUGGCUCUGCGUCCCCAGCACGGGCUAUUGAAGGCUUCCUACGUUCGGUUAGUAGUACUGAACGAAUCAUGAGCGAGGUUUGCACAGCUUGGCCCAUUCACCGGCUCUGCCAUCCUCACAACUGCCCGCCUGUAGUAAUACGCUUUUUGGACAAAUCUAGACGUGCAAAGUUCAAGUGCGAGUUUCUUGCAUGAUCUUUUUCUCAGGGUUAAAGGUAGACAUCCAUUUGUUUUUGAUAGGCUUAUUCACAUCCAUCAAGCUCUCUGCUUUGCUCUGUGCUUGCAGUGCCAUUCUGCUUGCCAUUUUGUUUCUCUCAAGAACGGAUAAAUCUUUUGUAUCGACUCGCAAUCACGAACACAACAGAGGGUGAACAAACUCGCGCGCGGGGAAACGUGAACGGAAGCCGCACCCUCUGGGUUAUUCUCUCCCUUAACAGGGGCCGAUUGGGGUCCAUCGGGUUAUUUUCCCUACAAACGGCAGUAGGGUCAGAGAACGGGAGACGCAAUAACUGACUUUAAAGUGUGCCGCAUGCGUGACACAAGUCCUUUUCACUCGGUCGCUCAGCACCUCCCCCUCUGCAUGCCGGCAUCAGCUUAGCCAUACAAACGUCUGUCACUUCCUUUUCCCCUGUUGCUCCAGUGCUUUGACGUGGAAAGGAAAAUUGGGGCCAACUCAUCUCACCUUAGGCCUAAAAUGAAAGCGUAUCUUAUCAAAAGCUCUUGUCACGUCGCACAUCACUCCGGACGCUGUCUUAGCACCGCCCUUUGAAUGCUUUGUGUCAUUUUCCAAGUUCAAGAGCCAAUAGGAAGCAGCCAUCACGGCGCGAUGGUUUGCUUGCAAAGCCCAUCCACGGCACAGGACGCACACCCAUGUGGUGCUCGUAAAACAGCUUUUCCAAGCUUCCGCGUACGUCACCACGCCGUCGUAUGAUAGCACUUAACUCCACGCCGCACCUUUACCCCUGCUGUCGCAGCUGAAGUGCAAAGCUAAUGGAUUAUUCGUUAAGGCUCCCUUGAAUUGCAGCCAGACAAAAUCACGUCAUUGCAAACAAACAUGACUGACCCAUCCCGACUGCAUGUAAAUCUUACUUUUCUUCCCCAGUGGUAUUGUACGGGUUUACCUGUCACACAUUGCUCAAAGUUACCAUACAGAUUGUGUACUGGGGUAAUCGUUUCAAGUGAUUUAUCAAGAAAUAUACAUAGUGUGUACUGGAUUGUUUUUACAUUACAUUUAGUGCUGGCAACAGGGUACAACCAUGCUUGCCCUGAGAUAUUACCUCUGCUGCAUUAUUUGAACACCCCAAUGAAGGGCCUAUUAAUAGAAAGCUGAAAUGGUCAGCAAGCAUUUUCAUCUUCCAGGUUCUCCACUUCCAAACAGAUGUCAAUGUCUGAGUUGCAGCAUGGCAUUUAUUUGACGUUGGGGCAUGGGCUCUUGUAAUUUCACAGCUGCUGUUGCUUCUGAUUGAAGCACUGUUGGGGGUAAGGCACCCUGGGGGUACUUUUUCAUAUGGCUUUGCCUAGCAGUGUGGCAUUUUUCCAUGGGAUAGUGAAAUGUGCCUCAGGGACCUUCAUGGAUGCCGUGGUUGGUAUUGGCAAAGGUGUCUGGCAGCCAUGCUGCUGUUCUCGCCUGGUACGAUGCAUAGGUAAUGGCAGCAAGUCCUUGCCCUCCCCAUCGGCACAACGCGUUAAGGAUGGUCAGAAUGGGAUUUGGCAGCCUCAAUUAAAACUCGUGUGUUUGAAAAUAGCAGCCGCCUGCCAAUCGUCAUGCCCAAUUAUCUUGAGCAAUGCAUCACACAGCAGGCAGUUGUCAAGAGAACGCUUCCAAGCAAGUCCCUAUUUAUACUGCCUUUCUCAUCCAGCAGCAUGUUUGCUUUGCUUACGCCCUGGCAUGCACAACAAAAACGCCAGUGUCUGCUGGCUGCCCCCGAUCAUCAGCUCCCGUUCCUGCCGGCGACUGGAGCAUUGAAGCUUGCGCACGCAACUGCAUGCAUGCACACGACUCCUGUGCCGCACUUCGCCGCACUGCCGGGGUCAUGUGAGAAAGCAGCCUGCUGGGCAGCGAUUCUUCCUAACACAAGGCCAACGCAGUGGCCGAAUGCAGGACAGGUGGAAGGGGGGGGGCGGGCUUCGUUUAAAAAAAAAAAAAGUGGGGGCGCCACUGCCCGCCGCGAGCCACUCCCUUGACGGGCGUCCGUUCGAGAGCCGGGACGUCUGAGAUAGACGCGUGGGAUGAUGAAGGUGCACUCAGUGAUGCAGAUCAGGGAGCAAGCUUUGUUUUGAGUCUCCGAUGCGCUACGUUUGUCUGAAAGUCUCCAUUGUCGCGAAACCGUUUAGAGCAACGUUUAUUCUUGUGGUGCUGAAUGAAACUUCUUACGUGCUUUUGGCAAAGUACCAUUAGGGUCUGCCGAUUUAACGUUCAUCGUCUCGCAAACAACAAACAUCGCAAUUGUGAUGAAUGAACAUUGAACACUACUAUCGCGAAAUCCAAAGUUAAUUUGAACCUAUACUUUGUGGUGCAGCCUUUGAGCAGUGGACCUGUUGUAGGUGUUGUCAAAACUAUGGAGAGAUUUUAAUUUUUUUUCAGCAUAAUUGUGUCGUUAUAUUGCAAAAAAUGCUUUGUAAAUAAAUAUAUUUUUAGACUGCAUUUGAAGAAAGUUGGUAUCACAGAGUGCACCUCUUAAGCGGAAGAGUGAUGGUCAUUUGUCUGCACGUUGUGGAAAUGUUGACACUGUACUGAAAGCCACCAUGACGUUAACGCACAAGCCGUGCCUUUCAGGACUCUAACCAAUUCAUCCAACCCAUCUGGUGCUGUCGAUCAGCUAAUUGGUUCCCAGACGGCAGGGCUAAAGCUUAACGCUAAGGUGGAGAAGAAUAAAGAGCUCUAGCCACACUCAACUUCAUCUAAAUAUCAUUCAGGCCAGAGCACCACACUGCCUUAAUGUUAUGGCUGGAACAGUAUGGGAAGUAAUUCCCAGUGCUUGUCUAAUAAUUUUUGUUUUUCCCCAAGAAAAGAGCAUUUCCAGCCCCUCCAAAGCUUUUAAAACAAAAUUGGGUUUCUAAUGUUACAGCAAAGAAAAUUUGCACUAAUAUGCGUAUAUCCUUGCCGAAACUUACUUAUGUUUGUCAUGUGUAAAUGUGAUGAAGAGUCUUGGCUAUUUAUGUUUUAACUUCGUGUCUCGUUUGGGUUUUCCCCUUUAGUUUAAUUCUGAAUUAACCAUCUUGGACACUGUAUAAUUUGCAUGCUAAUCUUAACUGUUAUUUUGUCAUAUUGCAUUUACUAUAGUUUAUAUUUUUUGCCAAUGACAUGCUUGCCGUAUUUAAAACAAUGAAAUAUAUAGUGUGUUGACAUUUAUAUCUUGUUUCAUGUGUUUUAAGCACCUGUAAAUUAGCCUGUUGGCCUGUCUACUUCAUGACCUUUUUCCAUGUUGUACAUUGGAUAUUUUCAAUAAAGAAUAGUACUGUAAUAAAGGAUGGAGAAAACAAA